UAUUGAUUCCGGUUCUCUACUGCCAUUACAUUGUUCUUUCAGCGAGUGCAGCAGUUUCUUUUGAGAAAGUUGUUCUGCGUGUGAGCUGCUUUUUUUAAACCGUAUACACAAAUUUUUGUAUGAGUCAAAAGGUAGAAAAACCAGUCCUAUCCGGUCAACGCAUCAAGACCAGAAAAAGAGAUGAAAAGGAGAGAUAUGAUCCAAUAGGGUUUAGGGAUGCGAUAAUCUCUGGGCUCGAUAAAUGUUCUAACGAUUUUGAAGCAAUUUCUCGAUAUUUGGACAACGCAGGAAACAAACUAGAUUAUCGUCGAUAUGGCGAGUGCCUCUUUGACAUACUUAUCGCUGGUGGCAUCCUGGUUCCAGGAGGUACACUAUCACAAGAAGGCGAUGGCCCACACAAGACAGACGCCUGUAUUUUUAACACCCCGGACGAAAUCAAUAUGGAAAUAAUGAAGAGCUGGGAGCAAGUGUUUAUAAAACUUAUGCGCCGAUACAAAUAUCUGGAAAAAAUAUUCCAGGAUGAAAUAAAGAAGAUAUUAAUGUUUGUUAAGUAUUUCCAACCGUCUGAUAGGAAAAAAUUGUCUGUGAUGUUGUACAUCUGGAUAGCGAACGGCAGCGUGCCGUUCAACGCCAUCCUCGUUCUAAAUAAUUCUCACUUGGUCAAAGAUAAUCUCGCAUUGGACUUCCUCAUUGACAUGUUCAAAGCUUGGCGCCAGGAGAAGGGAGUGAACUCCCUGCAUUCGGCCAUCAAGAAGUCCAACAUUGAAUCCCAUCUCACGAGUUUUAUACCAGACACGAAACAGUCACAGCAGUACUUCCGAAAUGCUUUUCAGGACAACGGUCUAGAGGAAAUACUCAAACUAUACAACGAUCAGCACCAACAGCAGGCCAAGAAGGAGCUGCAAGUGCUGUUGGCUGACAGCCUGGGCGAGAAUAAACCACAGCGCGAGAUAAUAAACGAGAUAAAGGAAAUAGCCUCCAAGGAGAAUAUCCAGGAACACGAGACGGUCUGCAUCAUUUGGACAACUGUUAUGGACAUCCCGGAAUGGUCCAAAAAAGAGGAGCUUGUAACCGAACAAGCGGUACGCCACCUGAAGUACUACACGAACCUGUUCUCCGCCUUCAGCCAAUCAGCCCGCGCGGAACUGAACCUUCUGCUGAAAGUACAAGACUACUGUUAUUCCAACAUGACAUUCAUGAAGGCGUUCCAAAAGAUAAUAAUGUUGUUUUACAAGACGGAUGUUAUCUCAGAACAAUCCAUUUUGAAAUGGUACAAACAGGAUUACAACGUUAAGGGUAAAAUGAUGUUCGUCGAACAGAUGAGAGAGUUUAUUGAUUGGCUGCAAAAUGCCGAGGAAGAAAGUGAUUCUGAUGGUGAAAGUGAUUAGGUGAGUUGGAUCCUCGAAGAAAAAAUAUCAGUGCCACCUAUCAUUUUUUAACAACAACAAUAACAUUUUUUCCAAUGUAAUUAAAUUAUUAUAAUAUGUAUAAACAUUUCUGGUGCCUUACUAUGUUGGUGUGUGGCAGGCAAUAGUUGACCGGGGCUAUGUAAUAUUGACUUAUUUUAAAUUAAUUCAUUAAAGUAUUAGUGCAUCGGAAAAAAUGAUAUUCAUGUGAAGCGUCGCCAAUAAAUAAAAGUCAUAACUCAAUGUUAUAUAUGAUUAUUGUCAAUUUUUUUAAUAUACAAAGAAAUUUUAAAUAA